CUCUCUCUCUCUCUCUCUCUCUCUCUCUCUCUCUCUAUUACUACGUAACGUUUGAUCCAAAGAAUACUAAUUUACCAAUUCAAAUUCCCAUGGUUAUCAAAGCUCUCUUCGACUCCACCACCCUCUCCAACCCUCUCAGCAAAGACGACUACCUCGCUCUCUGCCUCGUCAUGCUCGGCGGCGGCGGCGGCGGUGGAGAGACCCGCCGCUGCGGCGGCAGCGGCUGUUUGUCGGCCCCGACGAUGAAGCUCCGCUACGCCUGCUCCGUUUGCGGUAAGACGUUCGAGUCGUACCAAGCACUCGGCGGGCACAAGUCGAGCCACCGCCGGCCCGUGGGCCCGGUCCAAGCCUGCAAACCCUCGUCGGGACGCACCGGGCCUGACGAUUCGGGCCAGGUUGGGCCCCACCGGUGCUCCGUUUGCUGCCGGAGCUUUAUGACGGGGCAGGCGCUCGGCGGCCACAAGCGCUGCCACUACUGGGAGGGGGCGUCUACGUCGUCGUCCUCGGCGGCACCGUCGGGUUCGAGCGUGAGGGAUUUUGAUCUCAAUUUGCCGCCGCCGACGGCGGCGGAGAUUGGUGCAAGACGAUGGAUGAAUAAGGAGGACGAAGAGGAAGUGCAGAGCCCUCUUGCUGUUAAGAAGCCACGGUUGCCGAGUUCUGCUUGAGUUUCUUUUUUAUAAUAAAAAAAAAGAGCUUUUUUACUUGAUUUUUUUUUCUUUUAUUUGUUUAGAGAGAGUGAUGAUUCUUUUAUUUGUUUGGAAUUUUAAUUCUUGUACAUCAGGGUAUGAAAAAGAAGUACAAAAGUAAGGGCCCAUUUGACAACAUUUCCAGUGGUUCCUUCAUCUGGGUGUUUUCUUGUUCA